AUGAAUAUCAACACCGAGGUGCUCCGCAACUUCACCGCCAGAACUCUCAAAUCGUGGAGCGGGUAUCAACUCGCCCUCGAUAACUCAUGUGGAGGAGAUGAGACAAAGGAAAAAGACAAAUGGUUCCUUGAUGUUCUUUGCGAGCAAAUGACAAUUUCUCGCGGGUUGAAGGCCGAGGAGCUGGAGGAAUGGUUGACAAAUGUGCUUUAUCACGAUUUCGAUCUGAUUCUCGAAGACGAUUCGAGCUAUCAAAUCGCUUUUUUUCUUCUAGAAGGCUUCGGAUAUAUUAAGAAUAAUAAUGAACAGGGAUUACAGCAGUUGAUGUCAAAACUCCCUUCCGACGAGGAACUCGCCAAAGUGAAGCGCGAAUCAGUCCGAGGAGCUGAAAAUGAGGAGGAGGACGAUGAAGACAUGGAGAUCCCGGAGGACGAGGAGGAGGAGGAGGGACCGUCGGAGCCACGUGGACCUCAGCGACAAGUUGUCGUUGAUGAUGACGGAUGGACGACGAUUACCAAGAGACAAUAG